CUCGACUCAUUGAAAUGAACAUCGCAGGAAAACCCCACCCUAUAAGCGGAUACAUUUCAAUGCGAAUCAAUGGAUCAUUGAGCAGACGUCGGCUUACCAUGACCGAGUGCACAUGUGCUGUCUGCGCGCGGCAAAGGAGGACAGUGAGGACAGUCUGCUAACAUAUCAACAUGGACGACGCAGAGAUUGUUCCGCACAGCUGUCUCUAUCUUGAUGCCUCGUGGAAAGACAUUCUCUACGGCCUGCACGCUACGUCUCUUGGUCGGCACGACAGGACCUGGGUGACAGAGGAGCUAAGAGAGCUAUGGACCACACCCACCAAUCCAAAUCACGUUCUGUCAUGUCUUUCAGUCAGAUCAUCCUUAGACUUAUUUCUAAGGGUGAAGAACUUUCCCCAUGGUUCAGAAGUCAUCAUGUCCGCCAUCAACAUCCCGUCAAUGGUCCAGGUUGUACUUCACCACGGACUCAAACCCGUACCCUGUGACGUCAGUUUGGAUACACUCGCCCCAAAAGUGGAAUUACUAGAGAGCCUCGUUACGGAUAAAUCGGUGGCCAUCUUGGUUGCACAUAUUUACGGAAAACAAACAAAUUUGGAUCCAUGGAUUGAAGCGGCAAAGAAACACAAAUUGUUAUUUAUAGAAGACGCCGCCGAAGCGUUUUGCGGAUUAAAGUACGUCGGCCAUCCGGACGCGGAUUUAUCUCUGUUCAGUUUCGGGACUAUCAAAUUCUACACCGCAUUCGGGGGCGCCAUUUGCAAAAUCAAGGACCGGAAGUUAUACGAAGAUAUGCUCAAAUUACACAACGAGUAUCCAUUUCAAUCCAGUGCUGAAUAUUUACAAAAACUGAUCAAAAUAGUUUUUAUAUAUAUAGCGCUAAACUGCCCAAAGUUUUUGGGAACAAGUUAUUCCUUUCUUCGGACGUUCGGGAUUGAACCGCCGAAAUCAAAAAUAGUGUCGCUGCUUCGGGGUUUUCCGGGUGACCUAAUUAAGGGCAUCCGUUGCCAACCGUCCACAGCAUUGCUUUCCGUCCUCUUCCACAGACUUUCCAGCUUUGAUGCCUCCGAUUACAACAUUGCUCAAGUCAAAGGGGAUUACGUCAGCGAGAAUCUCCCGAAAGGUGUCACUACUGUCGGCCACUUGGCACAUGUGCGCAACUUCUGGUUGUUCCCGAUCGUCGUGGAGAACCCGGAUGAGAUGAUGAAGCGUCUUUGGGCAAUGGGCGUCGACGCCUACCGUGGCGCCACCCAACUGAAUGUGAUAGAAUCAACGAAUGGUUUUGGUCCGCCCGGAACAUCCGGUGACAAGAAACUCGAACACAUGAUUACUCAUGAUCCUUUGGAGGCAAAGUACCUCAUAGACCACGUCUUAUACCUUCCCGUGAAUAAGCAUGUGUCCUUUCAACACCUCGAUAGGAUUUGUAAGGCUGUGGAUUUGGCUCUGAGACAGAUGAGAGAGGAAAGAGGACAGGGCCAAGUGAAGAUACAGUCGAAACUUUAACCCACGGCCUUUGAUUGGACAACACUGAGCACAGGGUCGUGAAAGUGCCCCAACUGAGUACAUUCGAGGCUCUGUUUUUUUGUCAGUGUCAAAUGCUUUUCAACUUUACUGAUGUAUUAAAGGCAAGGUUUUAUACUGUUGAUACCAGUUUUAGAAAAAUUCGAGUCUCAUGGUGUACAGUGGCCCUGCUUAUCGGGCUAUUUGGUGACGGUUCAGCUUUAGUGAUUCUCAUUCAAUGGCCAGUGAGAAAAUUGUGCGUCAUACUCAAUUUUAAAUGUGAUAUUUAAGGUCUUCCAUGUCACUGUGAAUGGUACUGCUAUUUUG